CAAGCUGCUUCCAUUUUACGCUUCAGCAUUGUUUCACCUUUUUUAGGAAAAGGUCCAUCUACAAAGAAGCUGAAGAGAGCCUUUCAAGGUCUUACACGUUCGUGCCACCAUGGCGAUGAGAAAUACGAGCGCCGCUUCUCUGACCACCAGCUCCACCUCACAGCGCGUGCUUGCACAGGAGUCAAACCCCAGCACCCGUCUCGCAAGACAGCAUUCGAAGCGCAAGCACAACAACAAAUCUUCAAAGUCGCGCUCCGACAAGGGCGCCAAGAAGACGAAGUUUUUCUCACCCCAUAUGUCUCAAGGUCGGCGGCGACGACGGCGGCCCUCCUCGGCCUCCUCUGCCUCUCAAUUGCGGUUCUGCUCGCACAGACAGGGCAGCCAGUUUCCGACGGGCCGCUAUCCCGGCUUCUCCCGAAACCAUCCUCUCCUGGUGCCCAGCCUCUCUUCCUUCUACCCUCCGGGCGCCGCCCCGCUGGCCCCCGGCACCCCCGUCAGCAUACCGGGUUUACCACCGCUCAUCGCCGGCAACCCCGUUCCGCUGCCGCCGGGUUUCUUCCCGCCGUUCAUGGGCCUAGCGCCUCCCUCCGGCUUCGGUGGUCCCAUGAUGGGCGGCGGUGGCGGUGGAGCACAGCAGCCCAUCGUUCUGCCGUUUCCCAUCCCGAUGCCGAUGCCCAUGCCUAUGUCGGGAGGAUCUCACCCGCCAAUCGUGAUUCCAGCUCCAUCGCCUCCGCAUCCUCCUUCGUAUCCAUCACCGAUGCCGUACCCGGUUGCGUCGCCAGCUGCGCAAGGCGGCGGAGGCUCGGACACCAUGGCGCUCAUGAUGAUGAUGAAGUCCAUGCAGCAGGAGCGCCAGGCCGCCGCCCAGGAUCGCGAGCGAGAGGAGGAGCGACAUCAGGAGGAGAAGAAGGAGGCGGAGAAGCGCCAGCACAAGAAGGAAAAAGAGGAGGAGAAAAAGAAGAAGAAGAAGGAGAAGGAGGAAGAGCGCAAGCGCAAGAAGGAGGAGAGAGAGAAGGCGCUGGAAGAGCGCAAGAAGGAAAUCGAGCGGAUGCAGGAGGAGCACCGGCGCCAGAUCGAGGAGGCCCAGAAGGCGGUGGAAGAAGCCGCCGCCAAGAAGAAGGCUGAGAAAGCGGAAGCGAUGGCCAAGAAGGCCGCCGAGGAGGAAGAGGCCAAGAAGAAGAAGGAAGAGGAAGAAAAGGCAAAGCAGGAAGCGGCAGCGGCUGCUGCUGCUGCAGACGCGGAGAAAGAAGCCGCUGCAGCCGCUGCAGCGGCUGAAGCACACCACCGGUCUGCGCCUGAAGAGCGCCCUCUACUCGGUGUCGAAGGUCCACCGGAUCCUAUGGUCUACUACCCUCCGCCCGGCAACUUGCCUGCCUUUGACCCGGGCGUAGACAUAAAGUAGGCCGGUUGAGGCUUUUAUAUUUCUUUGGUUGUAGCUCUGAUGCUCUUUAGGGCUGGCAGGAGCAGUUGUUUGUACGUAGUAACGUAGCACACAAAAGGACAAUUCGAUGAGCUCGACUUCAUGGCCACCGGACUUUUUCUCAGGAGAGUACCCCACAUACACUGAUUACGCACUUCGGUUUCAACCAUUAUUUCGAGAGCACAGUUUACCACACACCCGCAAAUAAGUUUUGCUUAAUAAAAUGUUAUAACUUAUUGAAACACACAUGACGCAAAGCUUCGGCUUAAAAUUCACAUAAUAGAAGAUUUGUCCAAAACUUUCCAACACUGCGGUGAUUGAUAAGUCCUUGCUUAAUCAAGUAAUGACCCCCGAAGACCACAAAUUGUGCUUACUCUUCGUGUCGGUUAGUUUGUCAGCUCGAUUAAGUAUUACGAGAAUCUUGCGCCACAAUGUUUCCUAUGUUUGCUUAGUUUACUACCUGAUUGGAAAUAUGUAAUGUUACAUUGAAAAUGGCAAAACAAAUAAAGAAUACCUGCUAAUCUUAGGGGCACUUAUGAAAGAUAUCAGAGGAUUUAAAAAUAGACACGCUAAAGACAAAGACAAUGUGUGUCAGUUGCGCUUCUCGUGUGCUUAAUUUUACUGUAAUGAAUCGCUUCUGCAAACCUUAGUUCAUACCUUUCACAGGUAGAAAAGAUAGCCUUUUUGACAAAUGUGAGAAUUCCUGGUAUUGGAGAUUCCCUGCUGUGACGGUUUAAGUUUGUGCCAGUGGCUUCUAUGCAGCAACUUCAUCACACUAUACGUGAGGAGCAUGGGAAUGCGCAAGAACGUGCGAAUAUUCAGAAUACCUUCCUUGUCUUCGCAGUA